AUGUCACAAUCUGAGACAAGUCGACAGAAAUUAAUCGAAGCUGAAUAUGAACCUGUUAGUUCAUCACGAAAACUUAGUUUAUUACUUCAACGUUCAGUUCGUUAUUCAUAUCGACAAAGAUGUUGUAAAUGUUGUCCAACAAUACUUUUUGAACUUCUAUUUCCAAUUAUUAUAAUACUAUUACUAGCUCUGACUCGAUAUGGAACCAAUCGACUAGCCGAAAAACAAAAUAAUGAUAGAAGUUUACCCGGACUUUUCAGUCGACAUUCAUGUUCACAAGAUAUCAAUAUUCAACCAACUUCAUCAAACGAUAUAUUUACUAAUUGUUUUAAAUUUCCACCGAGUUAUACCCGUGGUCGUUGGAAUUCACAUAGCCUAGAUGUUAUAUCCAAUAAAACAAAUAUUGUCUUUGAACCGGCCCGAAUUGAUGUAAACGAACUUGUUCAACGUGCUACAAUACGUCUAGCUACACUAAAAUGUGAUAAUACAAACAUUUGGAGUCAAAAUCCAAAUGAUGAAACUGAUACAGAUUUAUUGCAAAAUAAAACUGUAAAUACAGUUAUAGUGGAUUUCAGUGCAACAUUUGAUCUAAAAAAAGAACACAAUCUUGCUUACAACAUUAUUGUUCGAACGCCAAACAGAGUUUUAAACAAUGAUCCUGUUGAUAUGUCAUUCAUAACAUCUCAACAUCCAGGUUAUAUUUCUGAUCGUUCGAAUAUAACAGAUAAUAAUGGUAAUAAAGGAUCAGAAUUACCAGAAUUUACUGAUGUCAAAAUGUUUGUUGAUUCAUUACUUAUGGAAUAUCAAACAAAUCGUCAAAUUCACUUUGAACUUCAACGAAAUCUUAUGACUUGUACACCAUUUCGCAAUGAUUUACUUUUUACAUCAGAAUCAAAUUUGAUUAACAUAAUUCUAUUAAUGAUUGAUGCUGUAUUCAUUGUUCCAUAUUUAAUUCUUUUAAUAAGUUUGAUUCGAGAAAAAAAUGCAAAAGUGAAAGAAAUUCUUAAAGUACUUGGUAUCGAACCUAUUCUUAAUAAUCUUGCACAAGGAAUUCGAACAAUGGUUAUUCUAUUGAUUUUAGUUCUACUUUUAUCUAUUGUGUUUAAAAUCAAACUAAAUUCCAAUGCUUAUUUCAAUACAGUUAAUUUUGGUACUCUUUUUUUUUGGUAA